CUGUUCACCGAAAAUAAUGGAACCUGCAAGGCGGGGCAUUUGUUUCUCACAAGUCAAACACAUCAACUCAAAACUUUGAUCCUAAUUUUGGAACUGUAUCGCAUUCCACUGUUGUUUUCUCGAGUGUGAAUGUUACGAAAAAUAGAAAAACAACUUUGGCAGUCAGGCAACUGAAAAUGAAUCUCCUAUCACUAUCAGACGUGGUACUGAUAUCUGUCUUACUGGGAAACUGUUGCCAGCCACUACUAGGUGGUGGAGUCAAAGUGACACUGUUGAAUCGUCGAGUCAAACCUGGCAAUAAACUGGAACUAAAUUGUCGUGUUGAUCCGGGAGAGAAGGCAGGGCUGCCCGUUGUUUUACCUCGGCGAUGGAUAUCCAACGGUGCAGUAGUUGAACUCGACCAUAAUCGCCUCCCACCAGGAGCCGAAAAGACUUUAACCAUAACCAACCGUUUUCAGGAUAUCGGUUUCACUUUCAUUGCGUCCGUCGUCAGUCGCAUCCGGUGGACGGCAGUCCCCAAAAAAGCUUCGGGCAUCUAUCAGUGUCGAGAUUCGAACGAUGUCAGCCAGUCAACAAGCAACGCCACCUUGAUCGUAGCCAAUUCGAGCCAACAUGACGAUGGGCGAUUUCAUGGACGGAUUCAGGAUCAGGAAAAGAAAAUUCACAUUUUCCAGAGCGGAUCGACUUUCAAUUUGACGUGCCUUACUAGUGUCGGUCAAGUUGAAUGGCUGGGACCUCAAUCAGUGGAGGAUGAUGAGUACUAUUACCGAGAAAAGGAGAUCCCUCUGAGAUUUCGAUGGUCUAAAAAAACAAAAUUCAAGGGGUCUAUUUCUAUCCUGAUUGUUCAGAACGCCAGUUAUUUGGAUACGGGCUAUUACACCUGCUACAAUAAUAAUAACUUUAAUGUCAUCGACCGUCAAUUUGUUUACGUCGAAGAUCCCCAACAUCUGAUUCUUCCACCGGUCAUGCAGCCGGUGGGUCAACAUCGAAACUUACGAGUUAUUGGCUAUUAUUCGGAAUCCGAUGUCCAGGUUGGCUGUGGUCCGACUCAUCCAUCCGUCCGGGUUAUCCUAAAAAAAUUAGACAACGAAAUCAAAGCAAUUGCAUCCUCAGAACAACCAGAUGGUCUAAACAACGACUGGAGUUUCAAUCCAUUUGAAGGAUUCAAAAUCAACAUGGUCUAUUCUUGGGAAAUGAUGCAUUGA